AGAAGUUGCGAGCAUAUUUGGGUUUGAUUUUGUUCUUGUUUGUUGUUUGUUGUUUGUUGUUUUCAGAUUUGAUAUCUGUUGAUCUAUAUAUAUAUAUCAUGUUUAUGGUAGUAAAGCAAUUUAUAGCUCAAAGAAAUUGUGAGCAUAUGGAUCUUUAUUUCUCUCUUGUUAAAAAGAUUCAAUCUUUGUUUCUCUUUAGUUGAAAAGAUUGGAUUCUCGUUUUUCUCUUGUUUCAAAGGUUCAAUUCUUGUUAACAAGGGGUAGGGAUAGUAUCAUAUUGCUAUAUUGCUAUAAACUAUCUUAAAUCCAUGUACACACCAUGUGACAUCGUAGCUUAUAAAAGAAUCUUUCUUUAUUUCUUUCUUGUUAAGAAGAUUCAAUCUUUGUUUCUCUCUAGUUAAAAAGAUUGGAUCCUUAAGUUUUCUUAUUAAUAAAUUGAAUCUUUCUUAAAAAGAUUGGAUUCUUGUUUAUCUCUUGUUUCAAUCUUUCUGGUUCUUGUUGAUCUACUUUGUGUAGGUCUGGUUUGUAUACGAACAACUUUUUGUAAAGAGUCAGCUCUUUAUUUUCUGCUUCUCAAUGAUGAGACGUCAUGAUAAUGCACUUGUUCUGGUUCUUAUGAUGUUUGUAUUGUCAAACCUGGUAAAUUGUACGGUAGGGCAUGGCUGCAACAAUGGCUUUCAUGCAAAGAAAAACUCAAGCCUUGGAGGCUUAGCUCUCGGGCUUGUACGUCGAGGUGGUGGCAUAGCCCAAGCCAUUGAAAGGAGCAAAGAGAGGCUCCACAUGUUUCUGAAAGAUCCAGAGAGUCCAAUACAUGCAGGAAACGGUGAAUUUCUGAUGCUGAUUGGAAUAGGAAGCCCGGCUCUAAAUUACAACGCAAUUGUGGACACGGGCAGCGAUCUCAUCUGGACGCAGUGUAAGCCAUGCAGCGACUGCUAUAAACAGCGGGGUCAAAUCUUCGACCCCUCCAAAUCCAAGACUUACAGUACAGUUCCCUGUUCGUCUUCCCUCUGCCGGGCACUUCCAUCUGCGUCUUGUGGUCCGGACUGCCAGUAUAUGUACGAGUAUGGAGAUUAUUCUUACACCAUGGGUGAUCUCGCAUACGAGACCUUCACUCUCGCCACCACCACCCGGGGCAAUGUCGCCAUUCCCAGGGUUGCAUUCGGCUGCGGCCAUGAUAACCAAGGCGGCGGUUUUGCUCAGGGAAGCGGCUUGGUUGGCCUGGGAAGAGGUCGAUUAUCAUUGAUCUCCCAAAUGGGUUCCACUGCAAACAAUAAAUUUUCUUACUGCUUGGUGUCAGUCAACGAUCCGGCAUCAAAAACUAGCCCUUUGCUCUUCGGUGAUUCUGCGGAUCUGCGCGGGUCAGGAAUCAAAUCGACCCCGAUUGUGACGAACGAAGCUCAGCCGACUUUCUAUUAUCUUGAUCUGCAGGGCGUGAGUGUUGAUGGGUCGAGGCUGAGUAUUCCGCAUGGGACUUUCGACAUAAAAGCCGAUGGAAGUGGGGGAGUUAUUAUCGAUUCGGGAACCACCAUUACUUAUUUGGAGCAAGAUGGGUAUGAUUCUGUGAAAACAGCAGUUCAGGCGAGCAUGAAGCUUCGGGAGGCGGAUGGGUCUAGAAUUGGGUUGGAUUUGUGUUAUAAGUUGCCUUUUGAUUCGUCAGCUGUCAAAGUUCCGGCCAUCACUUUUCAUUUUGCAGGCGCGGACUUUUAUUUGCCUGGGCAGAAUGCGUUCUAUAGAGACGAGGAGAGUCAGUUGUUUUGCCUUGCUAUGGCUGCGUCUAAUGGGCUGUCGAUCUUUGGAAACAUUCAGCAGCAAAACUAUCAUAUACUUUAUGAUCUGGGUAUUAACAGGUUGUCUUUCAUUCAUACUGCCUGUGAUGCUUUGUGAUUGUUACCGCUAGCUUUUAUCUCUUUAAUGCUGAUCCUUGUUGGUUUCUUUUACUUCUUUGUUCAAGCUUGUCAUCAGUUUGAUUUCUUAGUUUAAUAAGGCAUAUGUGAAAUUGUAUUUGCUGUGUGAGAAGAUUCA